AUGAUUCUCAAUGUUGAUGGAAGCGCGUUGACAAAUCCAGGAAAGGCAUGUUAUGGUGGUCUAAUUCGUAAGCACGAUGAAAGUUUUCAGCUUGGUUUCUUUGGUAGUGUAGGUAUCUCAAAUAUCCUACAUGCUGAAAUUCAAGCUCUAUUGACUAGCGUAAAGUUGUGUUGGGAUGCAGGAUAUAGAAAGCUCAUAUGUUACUCCGACUCUCUUCAUGCAGUACAAUUGAUAAUGAAGGAGACUACCAAGUUCCACCAUUAUGCAAAUAUCUUAGAACUCAUUCGAAUGUAUCUUGCUAAGGACUGGUCUAUUUCAAUUCAUCAUAUCAUUCGAGAGGGAAAUUUUCGUGCUGGCAUUCUUGCCAAGAUAUGGGAGCUAACCGUUCAAACCAUCUUGUUACUUUCAAUGAACCUCUUCAUUGUUUAG